AAUUUGUUUAUAGAAAUAAAUAAACUGAGAAGUAUUUUAUAUUUUAUAAAGUCGUAUAAUAGCUUUUCGAAAGCAUAUAGAUUAUAAAGUAAUAAUUUGUAAUAGCAGUCUAAAAAAUCUGAAGCAUUUUCAAUAGGAACACUUAUCAAUAGGCCUUUAAGAUGACUUCGAUUUUUGAUCAAUACGAGCAAGCCUCCCAGGUUUCCCAGCGUUCUGUACCUGCAUCAGAACAGAUGACAUCUUCUGGAUAUAUUAACAUGCAGUUAAAUGAUAACACACCAAUGUUCUCCAAACAGAAGAUGAAUUUCAAUCCCUCAGAUUUAAUAACACAUGUUGCCGUGUCUAGUGAUUUUCUUGUCCUUGCUAUGGCUAAUGGAAAGCUGUUUAGACUUGAUUUGAAGAUGCCUGAUCAGCAUGAAGAAAUACAAUACACAAAAUUUGUGCAACCCAACACAAAACUAACUUCAAUUUUCCUCGAUCCACUUGGAUACCAUCUUCUCAUGGCAUUCACUGCAAGGAACAAAGAUGGCAACCCAGAACUAGUAUACUUGCAUCGCAAGAGUAGUAAGCUCAAGACAGUAACAAAAUCUAGAAACUAUGAAGUGACAGAAGUUGGUUGGAAUUAUGACAACAGGUCUACAGUUACAACGGGACCUAUACUGCUGGGCACGUCUCAAGGGCAUAUUUUGGAAACUGAGCUCGAAGCUGAUAGUGACAAAAUGUUUACAGCUAGCCAGCAGUAUUGGAGGCAGCUGCCUAACUAUCUGCCUAUAUACGGAGGCAAGGAAAUCGAUGGUUUGAUAUUUGAUAUCGGUAAAGGCACAGAUACACCAAUAACUGGAAUCCAAUUCCAUAGAGUAUCAAACACAAGCAAAUACUUUAUAUUUGUCACUACCCCGACAAGAUUGUACCAGUUUAUUGGCCAUGCGAUGAUAACAGAUGACAAGCCAUCCCUCCAAUCCAUAUUCUAUUCAUAUCUGACAACCCCAGAGACUGGAUUCCAAGAAAUACCUUCGACAUUGAAAUAUUCGAAACUUCAGUUCUAUUUUGAUAAAACGAAUACUCCAAAAACAUUUGCGUGGUUGACGGAGCCUGGAAUAUUUUAUGGACAGUUGGACCCAACAUCUCAACAAAACUCGAACUCACUUUUUACACAAAGCGAACUCAUUAACUAUCCAUCCGAUGAUGCGAAUAGUAAAGAAACGACACCGAUAUCCUUCGUUUUAACAGAAUUCCACGCGGUUCUCAUGUACUCUGAUAGAGUUAAAGCCGUGUCUCUAUUGAAUCAAGAUCUAGUUUAUGAAGACAAAUAUUCUGAAGUACAUGGAAAGUUGAAGAAUAUAGUUAAGGAUCCAAUAAGACGGACUAUUUGGGCGGUCACCGGUAACGCUGUCUUCAGAUACAAAGUCAGUAGAGAAGAAAGGAAUGUUUGGAGGAUUUAUUCCGAUAAGGAACAAUUCGAUUUAGCUAAACAAUAUUGCCAAAAUAAUCCCGCAUUCAUCGACAUCAUCAACGUGAAGCAAGCCGAGCUGCUCUUUGGGAAAGGCGAUUAUGACAGGAGCGCAGAAAUUUAUGCAGAAACUCAGAGCAGUUUCGAAACUGUGUGCCUGAAGUUCCUAGAAGUCGAACAAGUUAAUGCGUUGAAAGUUUACCUGGGGAAAAGAUUGGACGCCUUGGAAGACGAUAAAACACUCAUAUCGAUGAUCGUUAUCUGGAUGACUGAAUUGUAUUUAUCACAGCUCGGCACACUUAGACGUAAGGGAAAUGCUGAUGCGCAAGAAUACCACCAAAUACAAAGCGAUUUCGAAGUUUUUCUUCUACAGCCAAAAGUGGUGAAGUGUAUGCAGCACAUAAAAUCAGUAGUAUACGAUCUCAUGUCCUCGCAUGGAGACAAACAGAAUCUAAUCAAAUUAACGGUGAUCAACGAGGACUAUGAAAACGUUGUCGCCCAAAAUAUUUACAAGAAAUCAUACACAGAAGCGCUAAAUAUGCUUAUGUCUUUGAAAAAGUCCGACUUGUUCUAUCAAUUCGCUCCAGCUCUCAUGGAGGAAAUGCCGAAGCAAACGGCCAACGCGUUGAUCGACCAAGGACCCUUGCUGAGUCCAUCGAAACUCCUACCGGCGUUCCUCUCGUGUGAGAAUGAUAAAGCCCACGUGACUGAAAUUAUAAGAUAUUUAGAAUUUAUGUUACAAAACUUUAACGUGAAGGAUCGGGCGAUACAUAAUUAUUUAUUGACGCUGUACGUCGAGCACGACCAUCUAGCUCUAAUGAGGUAUCUGGUGAGGCAAGGACAAGAGUUGUCGAUGGUGAACUACGACGUUCAUUACGCUCUGAGGCUCUGCAGAGAGAAAGGUCUGUCCGAGGCCUGCGUGAAGCUGUCCGCCCUGCUGGGGCUGUGGGAGUCUGCGGCAGAGCUGGCGCUCGACGUGGACGUGGCGCUCGCCAAGGGCCUCGCCGACCUGCCGGACGACCCCGCGCUGCAGCGCCGCCUGUGGCUCGGCAUCGCGGAACAUGUGAUAACGAAGAACCAAGACAUAAAGGAAGCGAUGAGUCUUCUCGAAGAGUGUCCUCUUAUUAAAAUAGAAGAUAUCCUACCGUUCUUCAGUGAUGUGGUCACCAUUAACCACUUUAGAGAGCCUAUUUGUCAAUCUCUGCAGGAGUACAAUAACCAAAUUGAAGAGUUGAAGGCUGAAAUGGAAGACGCAACGAAAUCUGCCGAAUAUGUGCGCAACGCGAUCCAGUCGUUCCGCAACCGCAGCGUGCUGGUGUCGGUGGGCGACGCGUGCUGCCUGUGCGACAUCGCGCUGCUGCUGCGGCCCUUCUACCUGUUCCCGUGCGCGCACCGCUUCCACAGCGACUGCCUGCUCGCCGAGAUGGCGCCCAUCCUCGCUCCGGCGCGCCGAAACAAGUUGACCGAUCUCCAGCGGCAGCUCGCAGUGCUGUCCAACAUCGAGCUCUCCACGGUCACGUCGACCGGUUUGCCUCUCAGGGAAGUGCUCAAGAAUGAGAUAGACGACAUCGUGGCCAGCGAGUGCGUCUUCUGCGGCGAACACAUGAUCGCUUGCAUCGACAAACCGUUCAUUGCGGACGAAGAUUGGGACCGAGUCAUGAAGGAAUGGGAGUGAAUGAUAAAGUUAAUUUUUUUGGUUUGCAAACGGAAUGGCUAUGAACGAUAACAAUGGUUGUCUCUUCUAAGUCUUAAUAAAUUCUUGUUAAGUAUACAAUUAGCAAUUGUAGUUGAUACGCAUUGACGCUUAAGUACUCAACUGAAAUUGAGACUGGUAUGUAAUUUGUGUUUUUCUAAUGGAAUGCAUGCAGGUGUAACAUGGAGAAAUACGUUAUAUGAUUCAUUUCGUGCUCGGCGCCAAAGGCAACACGUCGUGAGGAAACCUACAUGCUCUAAA